CACCGGCCCAGAGAUUGGGCCGGCCGAGAUACCCCCCUGUGAAUAAUGCCCUGCUUGCGUGCCUACCUUCACCACCUACCUUGCCUACCUACCAUCAAACCUCCCAUCAAACCUCCCAUCAAACCUGCCAUCAAACCUGCCAUCAAACCUGCGCCUACCUGCGCCUACCUGCCUUGCCUGCCUACCAUGCCCUGCCAACAGAGAUUACCCCCCCCCCCCUUCAAAAUGCCGCCUGCCUACCCCGGCUACUCUGCCUGCCUACCAUAACCACCUGCCUACUACCCCGCCUGCCUACCCAACCUGCCUACUCACCUGCCUACCUACCUGCCGACCCACCUGCCAAAUGCCUGCAUUGCCUGCCAAUUGAGUCACCCCUGCGCCUACUUGCCUACCUACCUGCCAAUGCCUAAUGCCUGCCCUGCCUGCCAAAUGAGAUCCCUCCCUUCCAUCAGCCGCCUGCCUACCCCGGCUACACCUACCCACCAUCCGCCUACCUGCCCUGCCUACAAUGCUCUGCCCUGCCUGCAAAAUGAGAUCCCCCUCCUCACUCAAGCCGCCUGCCUACUCCGGCUAAUCACCUACCCACCCGCCCGCCUGCCUAUAUGCCCUGCCCGCCUGCCUACAUUACAUGCCCUGCCCAAGUGAGUCACCCCUUCCUCCCUACAUGCCUACAAGCUGACACACGCCUGCUUGCCAUGUGCCUCAUGCCUGCCUGCCUGCCUGCCCGAGAACCCCCACAUG